AUGAACGCAUCUGUUACAUAUCCAUCGUUGGACAAUUCUCAAAUUGCCAAUAUAGCAGCAUGCAGUGUGGUAUAUGGACUGGCCAUUGUUUGUACUGCAAUCUCGAUUUAUAACAAGGCUCGCAGAAAGGUACUAUAUGUCAUCGAUGAUGGGCUUAUGAUUCUUGCAGUAAUUUCGUUGACUGGAGAGCUUGCGGGAUAUCUUUACAGUAUCAAGCUUGGGUUUGGAAAACAUAUGGAAACUCUUAGCGUAACUUCCAUCACUACUAUCUACAAAGUCUUCUAUAUCUUAGAAAUUCUUUACAUGUUCACCGUUGUUGCCGCGAAGAUUUCCCUUUCGAUGAUGAUCUACCGUAUAUUCCACGCGGACCGUUCGACUAGGAUAAUUUCUAUAAUCUUGAUUGUUUUGACGGUGUGCUAUUUAGUUGUUGCUCUCGGGGUUACAAUCUUUCAAUGCAUUCCUGUUGAAAAAGCUUGGAGUGAUCCUUCGUCUAAUACACCAGGAUCCUGUAUGAAUCUUAAAGCCAUUUAUCUUGGUAUCGCUAUACCAAAUAUUGGAACGGAUUUCGUUUUAACUCUUUUGCCAAUUUACUACGUCAUGGGAAUGCAAAUGACAACUGGAAAUAAAUUUAAAGUUUGUCUGGUGUUUUCGGUGGGAAGCAUUGUCACUAUCAGUUCUAUGCUGCGCCCUCGCCCACAACUGUGGAGUUUCAUUGAGACAGGAAUGGGUAUUGCGAUAUCGACCGGAUCUCCACUCAUAAUGCAGCUUGGAGGUAAAUUGUUAAACUUCCAGAAAUCAUCACUGGGCCGACGCAUGAAUUUUACUAGCAACAGAACAGCGCGCGAGGAUACAAAACUAGGACGACCAGAAUCAAUGACUUUACCAGUUAUAGCAGAGUUGAAUAAAUCAGGCCAAUACAGCAUUGAAAACUCCGACCAACAAGCAUGGCCAGUAAAACUAUAUAUCUUUGGAAGUCUGACAUCUCGGAAUGCAAUAGAAGUAUGGGUGCAGCAGGAAGUACGGCAAGAUAUAGUGGAACCGUGGCACUGGGUUUGA